GCAGAAAUGAAUUAUGUCAAUAACUCAAAUGUGAAAAACCAUCGGAGUUUCCUUUUAAGUUGCUGGAGUCUGACUUUGAUAUCUAACCUGCCACUGAGAUAUUCGUUUUCUCAUAAAAAAAUUUAACGUCUUAUAGACUAUUGUUUAAAAGUUUUAUCAAAAUACCUAAUACUCUACACAAAUUAACAAUCAAUCAUCCGAAAGAAAUAAGAUAUAAGACUGGAUAUCAGCUAAGAGCGGAACAACUUCGCCUAUAAAAAGUCUCCUUCCUCCACGCAGAUAAUUUGUCCAAACGAACGGCAAGUUCCGAUUAAUUUUCUCGCAGCGGCGUCGCAGGCUCUGGCACGGUGUAUCACUUCGCUGCAAACUGCCUAAAGCUCGCUGGCUUGUAAGGCUUGGCUAGCAUAUCGAUAAAAGAAUAGAAACUGAAUUCAAACCUCUGCUCUUUGCAGCUAUCCCUAAACAUUGGACAAAUUUCCGAAGUCGACAUUGAGGCAGGUUAAAGGCAAAACAAAAAAAGAAAAUAAAUACGAAACUAAAUGCAAUAUAGGCUACCAGAUAUGUGUAUAUUUAAAACUAGAAUUUGCAACUUUUUAUUUUCAUUGUAAAGCGCUUGUGGAAACAAGAUCUACUACUUUUACAUUGAAUCUAUCUAGCAGCAUUGACACAUAUUUGGAUUAUUUAUCCAUCAUCUGGUUGAAAUCUAGAUCUAAAAUGAUUUGAAUAUGGAGAACUUUCUGAAGUGUAAUGUUGUUGUUAUUUUCUCUGUCUUCAUAAGUCGAAUCUCAGGCACUGAAGUUAUGUUCCAAUAUGAGGCGAGUGACGACACUGGUGAUCAAAUGCCCGACCAGUUCAAUGUGACUUUUAGCACAGAAACGAAAUUUCUAACCAAAUUCAAUCUCAAGCGUUCGCAGAGUUUUGACGUUAACAUUCCUCUCUAUACUCUCGACGUCGAUAAGAAAGGCUUUUUUCAAAAACAAAAAGUGAAAAUUAGACCCACAAAGGAUAUAGGCUACUACCAUGAUACUAACCACAAGGCUGUGUUUUGUAUUAAAAGGUCACACGAAACAUUGUCGAACAAUAACUCUAAAUUUCACUUGAAAACUGUAUUUCAAAUGGAUAACUCCGAAUACCUGUUUGACUCUGAUAACAGGACGCCUAAAAAACCUUGGAGAAAUCUGUCCCUCGAAACAUUUUCUAGUUCUAGAAGGAAUGAAUCUACUACACCUCGCUCUAGGACAACAUUUGACCGAUAUGUUUAUAAGUUAGAAUUGCUUAGAAGCACAACAUUUGAUCUGUUUGACACACAAAUACCACCGCCAGAAGUAGAAAAGACUGUUCGAUGGAAUAUCAUCAAUCAGUCAACAUCAUGGUCAGACCCACCAAGCAGACGCCGCCGAAUCGCAUUGCGUGACUACUACGUGGAUAUAGUGGCGUUGAUUGACAGAUUACGUUUCGAAUGGUUUCUAAAACAAGCUAAAAAUGACUACAACACUGCGAGGCGAAAUAUUCAAGAGCACUAUGCUAUGGUGUUUAGCGGGGUUGACAUGCUUUAUAAAGGCAUCAACCAUCCAAACUACACGAUUCAUAUUCGUCUGUGUAAAAUUUUCAUCUUUGAGGCACCCACUGCUGCAAAUUUUAUUAGCCAGUACGCUUUAAAUGGUAAAAUGAACGCCCAGUGGGCUCUAGAAGCUCUCGAAAAAUUUUUUCAAGGUGCUGGGAAUCCAAUCGUCGGCUAUUACGAUCACGUGAUUUUGUUUACAGGCUUUGACCUCUUCAAAUUCGAAAGUUCUGGUAAAAUUAAUUACGCAUACGUAGGUAACACUUAUCAGAAAACAAUGUGUCGAACAAAUGGAACUAGCUGUGCUGUAAUAGAAGACCGCAGAGGAACUGAUAUAAUAACAGUUGCACAUGAACUUGGGCAUAGCCUUUCAGCCAAGCACGACGGGGAUGGCAACUCCUGCUCUCAAUAUCACAGAUACAUUAUGAGUUCUGGUGUAUUCAGGGAGCAAACUCCUGAAACAAUAUAUAAUCCAUGGCAAUUCUCUUCCUGUAGCGUCAAUUACUUUACAACCUUUUUGACUGAGUUUGGUAGCAGAAGCUAUCGAUACAACUGUCUAGCUUACGCUAUCGAAGCUUCAGAUGACAUUCCAGAUGUAUCUAAUAAACUAUUGGGUCAGUUAAUUAAACCUAAUCAACAGUGUCAACUAAAUUACGGAAAUGCUUCCUACUAUUGCAAGGGUGAAAAAAACACUAACAUUGAGGACAUAUGUCAUUCUCUGUACUGUCGAGAUCCCUUGAAAUCUGGUGACUGUAAAUUGAUGGAAGCAUAUAUCGGGACGUCCUGUGGCGAUGGAAAAAUCUGUAUGUAUGGAAGAUGUGUCUCCGACCCAUAUGCUCCAGAUGUUGAUGAGACUUGCGUAUUCGGAGACGUACAAGAAGAUCACUGCAAAUCAUUGAUCAGUACAUUUGUAGGCAACUGUUACCAAAGUAAACACUAUGACCUCUGCUGUGGCACCUGUAACAAUAUGUCUAGGCCCAUUAGAGGUUGUGAAUACGGAGACAAAAAAGAAAAUUGUCAAACAUAUCACUGUGCUAAAGAAAAAGAGACAUGCUGUGGCACUUGUAAUUACGGUACACCUUUUACCCCAAUCACCAGAAGAAACAUAGCAAUGAGACCCACAUCAGCGAAACCACUUCUGAUUCGUAGAUCGCCCAAAGUGGCUAGAGAUUGUAAACCAGGAGCUUUAGACUUGAGACCAGACCUGUGUCAUGGCCCUAGUGUCUGCAAGAAUCAGUUUUUUCUAUGCUGUGAAUAUUGUUUGACAUAUUUUACACUUCCAACUAGAACAACCAUUGCACGUUAUGCUUGUGUCUAUACGCAAAUUGACGGGAUACCAGAACUGUGUACUGACAUUAGUAUCUGCCAGACAAAUUUACGAGUAUGGUGCUGUAACUAUUGCUCAAAAGUGAAGAAUUACACAGCCACAACUACCACCACAACUACCACCAAGUUAGCUCCACCCAAAGAUUGUGCCCCAGGAGACUUAGACUUAUUACCAGCAUUGUGUACUAACAUUAGUAUCUGCCAAACAGAUCGAUCAAGGUGCUGUGACUAUUGCUCACGAAUCGAGAAUUAUACAGUCACAAUUACCAUCGAGAUAACUUCACCUCAAGAUUGUGCCCCAGGAGACUUAGACUUAUUACCAGCACUGUGUACUAACAAUAGUAUCUGCCAGACAAACCGAUCACUGUGCUGUGACUAUUGCUCGCGAGUGGAGAACUAUACAGUCACAUUGACCACCGAGAUAACUUCACCCAAAGAUUGUGCCCCAGGAGACUUAGAUUUAUUACCAGCAAUGUGUUCUAAUAUUAGUAUCUGCCUGACAAACCGAUCGUUUUGCUGUGACUAUUGCUCGCGAGUUGAGAAUUAUACAGUCACAAUGACCACCGGGAUAACUUCACCCAAAGAAUGUGUACUGGGAGAGCCAGACUUAAAUCCAGAGCUGUGUACUAGCCCAAGUGUCUGCCAGACAGAGCCACUGAUGUGCUGUAAUUACUGCACCUACAAUUCUGGAGCCAUUUUCUCAUUAUACGAUACAUGGAUUUAUCUUUGGUUUUACAUUCAUUUAUUUUUAUUUUUGUCAAAACAAAUGUCAGCUUAAUAGAUCUAGAAGUCAACUGAUGUCGAUGUUUCUCAUAUUUUGAUAACAAAAUGUUUUACAAUUUAUUGUUCAUACCUAUUUUUAGCGGCCCCCGAUGUCUGUUCGUCUGUCCGUCUGUCCCGUUUAGAUCUCGUAAACUAGAAAAGAUAUUGAAAAUCCGACUUCACAAUAUUUUAGACCAUUCAAAGUUCUGAUGCAACGGCUACUUUUUUUUUCCUGAAAGCGAAAAUUCUUAUUUUUUAAUAUCAGUUAUGCAAGCAGUUUUUUAAAGAGAAAAAGCUAAUUAGUAUGCAUUAUAAGUUAGACCUAAUUUAAAACGAAUAGUAAUCUUAUAAAUUUUAUUUUCGUGAAUAUUUUUUUCUAUUAUAUAGCGGAAUUUUUUAUUUUUUUUUUGAGGAUUCGAAUAUGAGAUUGAGCCUUUUCAAAACAAUUACAUUAUUUAUUCCGAACCAACGGUCCCGGGUUCGAAUCCUGGUGAAGACUGGGAUUUUCAACUUCUGAGUUUACCCAGCUCUAAUGGGUACCUGACAUUAGUUGGGGAAAAGUACAAGCAGUUAGUCGUUGUGCUGGCUACAUGACAUCAUCGUUAACCGUAGGCCACAAAAACAGAUGAACUUUACAUCAUCUGCCCUAUAGACCACAAGGUCUGAAAGGGAAACUAGUUAGGCCAGGUUCACAUCUAACUUUACAUUCACUUUCACCUAUCCUUUGAUUUGCGGGACCGUUGGGGCACUACACAAGUUCUGUUAACCUUCAUUCUCCAUUCUUAUCUCUCAUUUGUCUUUGAUAUAAUUUAAUUCGGAUGUUCUUUCUGAAAAUAUUGAAUCCUACAUGGGUGGACCACUGGUUGAGCGGUUUGAGCGCUGAACUGUCGUUCGAAUUUAUCGACGGUCGAAGGUUCAAACCCUGCCUGCUAGCAUCCCCCGUCGUUCUGCGGGAGGUUUGGACUAGGAAAUAAACUAUCUUCGACUCUGAAGGAUUAUCCCAAUUAUGUAAAACAUUUUACUUCAGAGCCAAUUUUGAGUUUGUGUUUCCACACAAACUGUCUUUGUAACCUUGUUUUAUCUUUAUCUUUGUAAUAAACAUUAAUAUUUAUCAUAA